UUAUCCCUUCACAGUCAUAUUCAAUCUUUCAUCUCUCCAUAGAUAGAAAUCUAACUUCUUGCAAUAAUCAUUUAUACUUUAAUUCACCAAAUUCUCAUCAUGCCUAUUGCAAUCAAUAACACCACGACCGACGCUGACGCGUCGUUAGCCCCCUUAUGUCAUAUCGUCACUCCCGUGGGUAUGCUCGGCUACGGGCUCCAGGAGGACGAAACUACCGCUGCUCUCAGAUUCUACGUCGCAACCGGCAUCCCAACGGCUAUGAUCCUCGACUCCGGUUCAACAGAUAGCGGUCCGGAUAGGCUAGCCGAAGGGAAAAUGGGAUCGCCGCGGACAGCAUACGUCCGAGAUCUAAGAAAACUCCUGAAGCUCGUCCAUCAGUUUCACGUCCCCCUGAUUUUCAGCUCUGCCGGUGGAGACGGGAUCGACGAACACGUUCGAGAGAUAGUGGAAGUUAUUGAAGAAAUUGCUGCCGAAAAGGGAAACGAAGAAUAUUCCUUUAAAACUUUAGCCAUAUUCUCCAACAUCGAUAAGGAGGUCAUUAGAGAGCGUCUCAAUGCGGGGAAAAUAAGCGGAUGUGGUGCAUGCGUUCCCCCGAUGACGGAAGAGGAUAUCGAAGCAUCAACUCGUGCUGUCGCGCAGAUGGGGCCAGAGCCAUUUAUCGAUGCAAUGAAAGCGACCCCGGACUUUGAUGUUAUCGUCGGUGGUCGGGCCUACGACCCGGCUCCGUACGUUGCCUACUGCUCUUACUUGUCCGGACUAGAUGUGAAUGACUGGAACUCUCCCGAAGUGCAACGUCAAUUCGGGGGGUUCACACACAUGGGCAAGAUCUUAGAAUGCGGAGGGACUUGCGCCGAACCAAAAUCUCACGGCGCCACCGCAACCGUUUUCAAAGAUGGAGGAUUCACUAUAUCUCCUCUAACACCAACAGCUCGCUGCACGCCAGUGUCAGUAGCCGCGCAUACAAUGUAUGAGAAAUCACGCCCUGAUAUCCUCCAUGGCCCGGGUGGAUAUUUCGAUUUAAACGCCGCCACAUAUGAACAGCUUCCGGAUCAGAGAUCUAUCAGAGUGCGUGGCAGCGUGUUUCACUUCUCCAAAGGGAGCGGUCUUCCCUACCAAAUAAAACUGGAGGCUGGAAGUAUAGUCGGUUUCCGAUCAAUGUUCAUGGGAAGCUUCCGAGACCCAAUCCUGAUUGAACAGCUAGACUCAUUGAUUAAUAUCGUGAAAGGCUAUGCUGCUGAUCAGCACAGUCAGAUCUCAGAGAAAUGGGAACUUGACUUUCACACUUACGGCAAGCAAGACGAAAAUGACUCCGCAAACCCGUCGAAGGAGAUAUUCAUCAUUGGCGAGGCACUGGCACCGACUCAAGAACUAGCGACCAGCAUAGCGGCUACGGCUAGAAUUGCUGCAAUUCACGGAAGCUAUCCAGGGCAGAAAGCCACUUCAGGCAAUUUUGCAUUCGGUAUUGGUGGGAAGUCUGUCAUCGAACUAGGACCAUGCUCAAAGUUCUCCAUGUACCAUCUCAUGGACCUUGUAGAUGGCGAGGAGGGCUUAUGCCUAGAUAAUCAUCUUACAGUCCCUAACCGUAAGGAAGUAAACGGCAAUGGCAUCUCCGAGCAACGGAAAAAGUUGUUCACGCAAUCUAUCUCCGUGAUAGGCAAGGGAGAUAAAUCCUUAAAAUCCUCCCCAAUAUCCAUCACCAAUGAACAUGUCAACGGCACGACGUCGAAUGGGGUCAAGAGUGCAGCCACCACUACUAUCAGCAAUGGCGCAAAGAUGAACGGGCGCAAUAAGCCCGCAUCCCUCGGCGAUCUGGCCAAAGUGGUCCGAUCAAAGAACGCAGGACCAUACGAGAUCACUUUCGAUCUCAUCUUUGAAUCGAGAGAUACAUAUAUGAAAGUGAAAGAUUCGGGCAUGUUAUCUGUGAAGACUAUUGCGAACGCUUAUAACCUGGCCGAGAGCGACAUCGUCUGGUGCGGGUUUUUCGACCCGGCUCAAGCGUUCAAGGCUACGAUCCCGCGCAUCCGAGGCGGUAAACGUAUGCCGGGAGGGAGCUUCAUGGAGAAUGAUGUUCAUGGGUCCCAGCAGCACCUUGCGCUGGUGAACUUGAAACUGCCGGAGGAAUUAGUUGCGGUCCUUGUUUAGAUCUAGGUUUGUUAAAGGAAGUGCGAGAGCUCUUGUAUUU